AUGAAUGGCAGAGCGAGGAGCCUCGUGGUGAGGCUGCGCGGGCUGCCGUUCAGCGCGACGGAGUCGGACAUUAAAGCCUUCUUCGACGGGCUCGACAUCGCGCCCGACGGCAUCGUCCUGCAGCUUAACUACCAAGGUCGAGCGACUGGCCAGGCCUUCGUUCGCUUCGCGGACGCGGAGAAUGCGACCAAAGCCCUCGAGCGCAACAGGCAGCACAUCGGAUCGCGCUAUAUCGAGGUUUUCAAGGGGCAUUCAGCAGACAUGGAGGGGGCCUUGCGGAUGGCGGGCAGGGGCGGUGCUGCUGGUGCUGGUCCGGGGGCGGGGGCGCCUAAUAUGGGCAUGGCGGGCAUGGGCGGCAAUAUGGCGGCGGCAACAUCUGGGCUGCUUGCGGGUGGUGCUGCGGGGGCUGGGGUGCCAGGAAUGGCGGGCAACACGGACAUGCGCUACAGCGGCGUCAUCCGCAUGCGCGGCAUGCCCUAUAGCGCGACGUCGGCGGACAUAGCGGCGUUCUUCAAGGGCAUGCAGGUGGCGCACGACGGCAUCUUCCUCUGCUCGCACCCCGACGGCCGCGCCACCGGCGAGGCGUUUGUGGAGUUUGCGAACGAGGAGACGGCGGCGAGGGCGCUGCAGCUGCACCGGGAACCAAUGGGCCAUCGGUACGUGGAGCUGUUCCGGAGCACCAAGGGGGAGAUGAUGGCGGCGGUGCAGCAGCGCAUGUACUCCAUGUUCCCGCCCGUCCCCGCCUUCAUGGGCCCCAUGCCUGGUAUGAUGGGCUUCGGAAUGCCAAGCCUGGGCGCAGCCAAUCUCGCCGCCAUGCACAUGGGCGCGGGCGGAAUGGGGGGCGCGGGCGGAAUGGGCGCAGGGGGGAUGGGGGGCGGAGGCAUGGGGGGGGCAGGAGGCCCGGGGGGCGGGAUGGGCGCAGCGCAGGCAGCAGCAGCGGCGUCAGAGAACGUAUGCAUAAAGAUGCGCGGGCUACCGUUCAGUGCAGGGCAGGAGGACAUUCUGGCGUUUUUCGAGGGGUAUGAAGUGGUGGGGAACGGUGUGCACAUCAUGACGGGGCACAACGACCGGCCCACGGGAGAGGCGUUUGUGGAGUUUGCCUCGUCGGAGGAGGCGGGGAGGGCCAUGGAGCGCCACCGGCAGCACAUGGGGAAUCGUUAUAUCGAGCUGUUCCGUGUCUCCAAGAGUGAGGCGCUGGUGGCGGUGCAAGGGGGGUCGUUGGCGGGGUUCAACAUGGCGGGUGCAUUGGACCCCAACAUGCAGCUGCUGCUGCUGCAACAACAGCACCUUUCAUUCCGUGUGCGCCUUUGUGCUUGCACGCACCCCUUCACCCUCCUUUCCCCCCUUCCCCCCUUCCCCAACCCAUCUUCCUGUCCACAGCAAUUGCAGGCAGCAGCAGCAGCAGGGUCGUUUGGCAUGGGGGGAUGGGGGGGCGGCAUGGGCAUGGGAGGGGGGGGCGGAGACUUCUAUGGGCGCCAGGGAGGGGGAGGAGGGGGCCAGGGCUAUGACCCCUCUCAGCAGAACUAG